GAAGGCAGAGUGCUUGAUUUCACCAAGGUGAGAUCCUAACAUCUAAGCUGAUAAUACGCAAAACGAAAAGAUACAGACAGAAUACAUCAAAGAGAUAAGACGAAUUGCCUUCAUGAAAAUGCUCGAAAGACAAAACCUUUGAACGCCAGAGGAAGAUAUUCUCGCUUCUCAGAGGUGCAUCCUCUCGUCCGCUACAAAUUUCAUCCUCCGCUUUUCUCAGUUCCACGCUCCCCAGUAGGCCUCCCAAGCGCGUGCAUGUAGAUAUAGAGCGCGAGACAUACAGAGUGAUUCUCUAAUGUAAUAUGCUUAUCUACGUCUCUGCUUCUCUGUGCCACGUUCCCCGCCUUAGCCUGCUCACUCCUUCCAUCCCCGAUGCCUCCUCCCCCUCCUCCUCCUCUUCGACCACCAGCUCUACCACCGUGGUGUUCCCUCGUCCCAUCAUCCAGAAAGUGCCUCUCUUCAUCAGAUCCAAGCCGAAGCAGGAUUUUGAUGUCAUCCAGGACCUCCUUCAGUCGUCGCCAGCAAGGGCCCGACCUCCAAAACCUGCCUCUCCACCGUCCUCCACCUCUCCCACGACCCUUGAGCGAGAGGCUCUCCUCGUCGUGGGCUCCCCAGAUUUCUCCCUGAGGCAGAGGGAGGAAACCAUGAAUUCCCUCCUCGACUUGCUCGAGCACAAGGGGGUCACCACCGCCUACGCCUUCGAGUUCAUCAGGCACGCCGGGGAUGUCAUCAACGAGCUAAUUGUCGAUGCUCGGUGCUCCGGGAAAGGUGAUUCCGAUGUUGGUGGGUGUCAUUCCGAUGAUAUUGUUAAAGAUGAUGGCGUUGCUUCGAGUAUUCAUGCUGAUGACGAGGACGGGAGCGUGGGAAAGGAAAUGAGUUCAAUGAAUACUGGUUUUUCUGGCGAAAUUGUGAUGGACGGUAACUUGGCUAGAACUACUAAUGUGGAUGAAGAAGCUGGUGAUGAAAAUAAGUCAGUGGGUUCAGUCCUUUUUGAGAGAAAGCCUUGUUUUAGGCAGGAAAGGUCAAAAGGAAUAGUUGGAAAUUCGCCAUUUGCAACGCGAGUUUAUAAAUGUGCAGAAAGAAGGGGUUUAGCUAGACUGGUACUCUACUUUGAGGUUCUUAGCAUGAAGGCAUGUCAUAUUCCUUCGAUCCUUCCGCUCACCGGAGGACGAAUUGAUGUUGUUCUUGCUAGAGUCGAGUUCUUGAGGAGCAUAGGAAUCGGGUCUUCCCGCAUUCCAAUGGUACUUGCAACUUGGCCGCAGAUUCUUAGAUAUGAAUGCGAUUCUCUGGCAUCGGUUGUGGAAUACCUGAAGGGGUUUGUGGGGCUUUCAAACAAGGAAUUCGUGAGGAUAAUUGUUAAACACCCGAACAUUCUAGGACACAGUGUGAAGGAGAUUGAUCAAAAUGUCAACUUCAUCAGGGAGAUAGGAUUGUCUUCGAAGGAGGUCAAGACUUUCUUCAUUCGUGAACCACAGUUGCUAAUCCAUGAUUUGAAAAGUAAAUUAGGAAACCUUGUUGGUUACUUCACCAGUGUUGGGGUGCAGCAGCAACAUAUCGGCCGUGUUUUGCUUCAGAGGCCAGCUUUACUCAGUAGCGAUCUGGAAAAGAAUGUAGUUCCGGUGGUGAACUAUUUGAAGAGCCUGCGUGCAAGUCCAGAUGACAUUGACAAAAUAGUGUCAUCGUUUCCUGGUGUCUUUUUCUAUGACCUUGAAAAGGAUUUUAAAGCUACAGUUUCCCAGCUGGAAAAUGCAGGUGUGAAGCCCAGUGUUAUGGGCAAACUUUUCAGGAAGCAUCCACAUCUGUUGAAAAGUAGGAUGAACUUCGGUCCAAAGUUAAAAUUCCUGUUGGAGCUUGGACUCAAGAAUGUGGAUCUUGGUCGAGUCAUAUUCAAUGCCCCACAGCUGCUCAGCCUAAACAUCGAAGAAAAGAUACUUCCUACAGUGAAAUUUUUAGAAACAAUUGGCGUAAAGGGAGCAUUACUGCGAAAGCUAUUGAGGCUCAAGCCGAUGGUUUUGGCUUAUAGCAUGGAAACAAAGUUGCAGCCAAAUAUCAAGUUCCUUCAUGAUCUGGGCAUUGAACAUGUUCGACUAGGCAGGCUUGUGGCUCGACACCCUCAGUUGCUGACCUUGAGUGUUGAAAAGAACUUGGAGCCCACUGUUAGAUAUCUUCUGAACUUAGGCUUCACACAAUAUGAAGUUAUGGAGAUGGUGCUGAGGCUUCCGUCCUUGCUUGGUUUCAGCAUCUCAGAUGUUUUAGAACCAAAAUACAAUUAUGCCACACUUGUCAUGGGAAGGUCUCCUCAGGAGCUGGUGAGGUUUCCUCAGUUCUUCAGUUACAGUCUAGAAGGAAGAAUUGUUCCUCGCCAUGUUAGCCUGGGCAACAUAAGUUGUAGGUAUUCUUUGAGUACCAUAUAUGGCUGUAAAGAUUCUGACUUCAAUUUAAAACUCUCCAAGUGGAAAACAACUAGUGAUUGCUAGAUAUAGAAUUCCUUUUAUACAUCAUAUCUUUUCUCCGUGCUUACUCUUA